AUGAAUGGAAAACUUUUAGUGUUGCCCAUUCAAGGAAGUGGUGACUUCGAAUUAGAUUUUUUCAAUGGAACAAACUUUUUCUCUUUCGAUCUGGAAAAGGAAGUUAAAGAUGAAGUAACAUACGGUAAAAUUACAAAUGCGCAGUAUGACUAUGAAGUAGGAUUGGUACAAAUGAAUUUUGAUAACCUUUUUAAUGGGGACAAAGUUUUAGGUCCCCAAACUAAUAAAUUUCUCAAUGAAAACUGGCAAGAUGUACUAAAAGAUGUGGAUGGUUCUCUUAAGGAUGCUGUAUCCAAAGUGUGGGAACUAGUUUUAGGCAAUUACUUUAGUAGAAUUCCAUAUAAGGACCUUUUUCUGGAUUAG